AUGAAACACGUGGGUAAACCAUAGACAUAUCACUUAAUUAGAACUGUACAUGCCACGCCCAUCUAUUCACCAUUAAAAGGUCAAGAAGAACAGAAGUCUCUGAGCUGCCCGCCCAUAGCCGGCCUAGCCAGAUAUGGAGAGUAUUCUGCUAAACCCCCAUUACAGGCCUCUACUGGCUAUCAUCAAGGGACUCAGGAAUGGAUUCAUGUAUGGUGUGAAGGUGCGAUUCCCUCACUCCUUAGUGAUGACAUUUCUCUUUCACGAAGGAACACUGCAAGAUAAGUUUGCGUUCAUACUUCGAGCCACGUUUCAGCAUGCUAAGAACCUCGCCAUGUUGACAGCCAUCUACAAGACCCUCAUGUUGAUCAUGCAGAGGGUGACUGGACGAACACAUCCACUACAAAACUUCCUGGCUGCGUUCAUGGGGGGUUAUGCUGUGUUCGGGGAGAACAACAAAGUCAACAUGCAGGUGAACCUCUACCUACUCUCAAGGGUCUCUGUUGGGCUGGUGAGGACGGCUGUUAAGAAGGGUUACCUCCCUGAGCCAAAGUUUAACGUAUUCCCUCUGUUUGCUGGUCUGAUGUGGGGAAUUGUGCUCUGUCUAUUUGAAUACCAGAAGGGCACGCUGCAACCAUCGCUACAGAACUCUAUGACGUAUAUUUAUAAUGAUAGUACUGUAUGGAGCAAUGUCUGGGACUUUCUGGUCUAUAACAAUAGUUUAUUAUGGUGAAUAGGUCAUUGUUAUUAGUGUAAGGAUUGAUUUUUGUGCUUAUAGUCAAUCACACUUUUUUAAGAUGC